CUGCACUCUAGUGUGGAUACGUUUUCAUGUGUUUAUAGUUUUCAUGUUUUCCAAUUAUUCGAGGUCUAACCUGCACAUGAUUUGUGCCUUCAUGAUAGGAAAUAGAACUUAACUUCCAGUGAGCUAUUUGAAUUUCUGGAUGUCAAUGCAUUAGCUAGAGGAGAGUCACUUAUAUUUGUAUAAUUGGCUCACUUUAGCGUCACCAACCGUAAUCUCUCUUAUCAGAGGUGUUGGAAACAUGUCUAAAACCGAAUCCAUAUAUUUGUAUUUAUUUUUUGACAUAUUCUUGGAGGUAUUUUCAGAUAUUAACUCUACACUUUCUGCAGAUAAGAAUCUAUUUAGCUAGCAAGUGAAUUUUGUGAUUAAACUUUCUUAUUUUAAAGAAAAAUCAGAUGUAAGUAUCUAAAAGAAACUUGAGGACACUAUUAUUUUAAGGAUUCCAGGUUUAAAUAAGAAUUACAAUAGGUUAAUUGCUCGGCCCAAAUUGAAUUGUUCUGCUUCGGUACUAUCUAAAUAUGCUCCAAAUAUGAAAAAAAUAUGGUAUUAGAGGUAUCAGAUGGUUAAGAUUGUAGAUGUUAAGUUGUAAGUUCAAUUAUGUUUUCUUGACGAUAACAACUUUGAGUAUAACUUGUUUAGGUUAAUUGACACUCAAAACGUUGCUAUUUGCUUUAUGAGCUUUUAACAGUUUAAUAACUGCUCAAAUUACUUGGAUUUGAUUAUGGAUUUUCCUGUCCAUUAUGCUCAUCAUCAGUUCGGUCCUGAUAUUUUUAUAUUCCAUGAUUAUGGUGUCAUUGGUUUUCCGUCGUGGAGGUGGAAGUCAUUCGUUAGGGGCUAUCAUAUGAGUCAACUUCAUUCUUUAGGGUCUGGUAUCUGUUUUUAGUUAAUGGUUAUGGUGCUUUUUCCAAGGGACUGCAUGCUUCUUGGUAAACUUGAUUGCUAUCCCUUCUUGAUUCAAAAACUUAUCUUGUGCUGUCUUGGAAUAUAUAAUAUAGUAUACACAAGGGAAGUUCUCCAAUAGUCAGAGUUUAACAUAUGAUUGCUCUAGCCAAUGGCGAACACCCCAAAUAGAUCCAACUUAGCCUCGGUUGAUUACUUUGUUAGUAUAAAUAAAAAGCUGUUGGUGUAACUUUUUUGUUUUAAUUCUUUUAUAAUGCAUGAAUGUGGACUUGGUGAAAAGUUGCUAGCACAUCAAUCAGAUGAGUCCUUCCAUAUAAAUGUGUUAAUUCGAGGAAAUACUUCGUGACUAGAGGAAUAUGCUUCAUGAAACAUCUAGUUUGCUUGGUAAUCGACGAGGCUCAUCGUGCAAGUGGAAAUUACUCUUAUUGUGUAGUAGUUCGCGAGUUGGUGGCAUUUCAUGUCCAAGUCAGGAUAUUAGCAUUAACUGCUACACCUGGGUCUAAAAGGCAAGCAGUUCAGAAAGUGAUUGAUAACUUGCAAAUAUCAACACUUGAAUAUCGAAAUGAAACUGACCCAGAUGUGCAACCAUAUGUGCAUGCUCGAAAGAUUGAACAGAUAACAGUUCCCAUGGGCCAAGAUGCUGUUGAAGUUGGGGAACUCCUCUUUGAAGUAAUGGACCCAUUAGCGUCUCGGCUUCGUGCAUACGGACUACAAGUUAAUAGAGACUGCCGGACAUUAAGCCCACAUCUGAUACUUGAUUCACGGUCAAGAUUUCGUGAAGCUCCACCUCAAAAUUUGCCUCAAGUGAAGUUUCAAGAAAUUGAUGGACUAUAUGGAGUUCUAAUAACACUUUCCCAUAUAGUGAAGCUGCUCUCGAGCCAUGGGAUAAAAUCUGCAUUUGAGAUGCUUGAAGAAAAACUGCAAUCCAAGUUCUUCGGACGACUGAUGGGAAGAAAUGAAAUUCUUUUGAAAGCAAAGCGUUUAAUGCAGCAAGUUGUAUCUCAUGGUGCUCCUAGUCCUAAGUUAUCAAAAACGUUGGAAAUACUGAUUGAUCAUUUCAAAAUGAGUGAUCCAAAAAAAUCAAGGGUUAUCAUUUUCUCAAAUUUUAGACAAAGUGUCAGUGACAUAUUGCUUUCUUUGAGGAGUUUAACGGAUUUAGUUAAAGCUACUGAGUUCAUAGGCCAAAGCUCAGGCAAAGCAUCAAAAGGCCAAUCACAAAAAAAUCAACAGGCUGUUUUGGAGAAAUUUCGAACUGGUGAAUACAAUGUCAUUGUUGCAACAUCAAUUGGUGAAGAAGGUCUGGACAUCAUGGAAGUAGAUCUUGUCAUAUGCUUUGAUGCUAAUAUAUCACCUUUGAGAAUGAUUCAGCGCAUGGGCAGAACAGGAAGGAAACAUGAAGGAAGAGUUGUGGUUUUAGCUUACGAAGGGAGAGAGUUAAAAGGUUACUUGCAAAAGCAAACAAGCGGCAAGACAAUUAUCAAAGACAUGAGAAAUGGGGGAAUGAAUAGCUUUUCAUUUCAUUCCAGUUCGAGGAUGAUUCCACAUAUUUUUAAACCAGAAGUCCAGUUUCUCAAGCUAUCAAUUCCACAGUUUGUUCCUCGAGGAAAAAACACCAAAGAUGUUCACCCUAUACGGGUGUCUGCAUUCCAGAAUAAAUUAAGUGAUGAAGAAGCAAACUUGCUCGCAAAAUAUUUCAAGUUUACUGGUCAGGAGGCUCAGGACACAUGGAGACCAUCGCUUAUUGCCUUCCGUCAUUCCCAGGCAUUUCCAUCCAAAGUGCACAGAGUGGUGCAUUCAUUUAGAACAGGGAUGCUAAUAGAUGCCAUGCAAAAUUUGCAAGAAAUGCCUUUUCCUCGAGAUGUCAAAGCUUCUAGCAAUGAGGAUGAAACUUCAGAAAAUUUGUCUAUGAAAGUUGAAGCUACCGAACCAUGUGAAGAAAAUCUGAAAGGCUGUUCUAAUGAAGAUGAUUGUAAAAGAGAAAAAAACAGUGACUCCAUUCCAGUGGAAAUCCGAAGUAAUAGAAAGACACUUCUUCUUGACAUAUUUCCAGGGGGAAAUUCUCAUGCGCAUGGCUUCCUAUUCAAUUCAGAUUUUGUAAGUGUUGAUGAUCAGGGGAGGGUUAUAGUCUCAUCUCUUACCCAACUAUCUCUUAAAGAAACUUUGGUUUCUAAAUUUACAAGCACCAGAUUAUUUGCAAAGUUCAAUAUGCCCGAAAAAGAUCCUCUUCAUGGGAAGGUUUCAGUGAAUGAUCUGGAGGAAAAGACCGAUGGAGUCAAAGGUGUUUAUUCUACUCGGACAGUUACUACAGAAAAAAAUAAUCUGGAAGCAUCAAGAAUUUGUGUGUCUAAUGCAAAGCAACAGAAGAUAUCUGAUAUCUGUGAGAGGAGUUUUGGAAGUCCAGAUCACAAGGUUAAACCAGAAGGUAAGAGCAUAGGUGAGAGUCUGGAAGUCCAAAUUCGGGGGACACCAAUAGGAGCUGAUGAGCCAGACGAAACUAUUGGAGAUAUGGAGCUUAGUCCACGUCUGACCAACUUCAUCAAUAGCGGCUUUGUCCCAGAAUCUCCUACAACUGACACAGUGUUUAAGGAUAAAAGUGUAGAGAUCAUGGUUAAAGAUCUAUUUUCAACACCAAAAUUAUCUUCGGAACAGAAUGAAAAGACAGUGGGUGGCAGUAGUACCCGUGGAAAAUAUAAUGAAAUGUCAACUCCUAUACAAAACAUUGACAAUACUGAACCCAGAAGUUGCAAGUACACUAGUUUAAUUGUUGAAGAUAAACAAACUCCUAUGGAAAAAAAAUCAGGCAAAAGCUGCAGCGAAGACUGGCAACUGCGCUCUACAGAUAAAUCAGAUAGCAUUGGGAAAAUACGGAAGUUUAGAAGAUUGUUUAAACAUGGUGAUCUUCCUAGAAGAAAGCCACCAGACGAGCUAAAUACUAGUACUUCCAGAAGAGGGGCAGCUCUGUGUGGCACUUCCAGUCAUACUGGUUUCAAGCGUCGAAGAGCUAUAGGUGAGAAACGACAGCCAAACAUUGUGACAGACUUCAUUGAGGAGGAAGCUGAGGUGUCUUCAGAAGUUUCAGUAUCUGAUGACGAGGAGGAUAAGCUGGAUUUCGGUUCAUUUGAUGAUAGUUUUAUAGAUGACAGGAUAAAUCCUACAGCAACAGAUAGUCAAGCUGAGGCUGGUGAAGUUGACAUGAUAGCAAUUUACAGGCGUUCAUUGCUCACUCAGUCACCAUUUCUAAGCCUUUCAACUGAUUGUACUCCUGAUUCUGAGGUGCCUACUAGCAGAGCAGAUGAAAGCAAGAGCUCAUCUGGAACAGCAGAUCAUCACACACCUCAAACUGACCCAAAGUCUGUGACGAGAAAUUCCUCAAGCUUUCAGCAAAGUAUUAAUAAAAUCUCACCAGAAGCUAUGCCAUGCUCUACCACUCGUUCUUCCAGAGAAAACAAUGGAAAUUUAGAGAGUCGGAAAAGAAAGUUGAGCUAUUAUCAAGCAACUUCACUGCCAGUUAUAAAUUUACAAAACGAAUUCUCCCGUCAUGCUACAGCAGCUGGUGAAAACUUGCAUCUUUUGGAAGAAGCAGCUGAGAAUGUAGUUGGUGAUCCAUUUGAUGAUGACCUGUUUUUUCAAAGUAUCGAUUUUGAUGCAGUGGAAGAAGAGGCUACUAGAAUGCUUAGAAACAAAUCACAGUCCUUGGUUCAAAAUACAGUGACCUCAAUACCUAUUACUCAAAUUUCCGCCGAUGGCGUAAACGCUCCUUCAUUUGAUCUGGGAAUUUAGUGUUGCUGUCUUAACUGUCAAAUUUUGUAUGACAGCGUGAAUGAUCAUUUAUGUAAAGGAAAAACAUAAUAAGUUAUUAUCUGUGCAGAAUAGAAUAGUUGUAUUUAUCAUUUAAUAGGUUACAGAAAAGUCUAUCUUGAUGAAACUGAGACUGUAUUUGCUAGGAGUAUGGAAACAUUUUGAUUGUUUCCAAAAUGUAUAUAAUUUCAAGAUUAGUGUUCCCUUGGUCCAAGUAAAGUUGUGGGGCUUUUGUUAAUAGCCUGUGUUUUAUCAA